AUGCGUCGACCGAUAGCGGAGCCGUGUCUCGGGUGUCCGGUCGACGAGGACCCUCUCGAUUAUAUUGUAAUUCUAGACAAAACGCAAAGAUUACUUGAAAGUGCAAUGUUUUUCAGUCAAACGCAUGGAAAUCAGUGCCAGAGAUCAAUAGACAGAAUGAAGGACAGUUCUAUUUGGUGCCCAUCACGGUGAGAUUCCAUUUUCAGCUUUAUAAACUUUUAAGAACUGAAAAUGUACAGUUUUCUGGCAAAGAAUGAAGCAAAUAGAGAGCGCCAGACUCUCCACUUGCAAAUUCUUAACAACCUCUUGAAACUGAACUCAUUUUGUUCGAUUCGACGUUUGAAUUCUCGAGUUUGAACAAUUUCAGGUGCUCCGAGCGCAAACCCAGAUCGUGGCGGGCUUUAUAACUAUGCUCAAAGUUCUAGUCGGAGAAUCCACGUGUCAAAAGUCAAAGGAACCCGUCGCGGCUGAGCAGAUAACGGCGGCCAAGUGUACGCUGAAAGAGGGAGCACGCAGAGCACUGUACGACGUGCAAAUCUAUGAGAAACCGUGGAAGAAGUUGGUGCAAAUCACAGCCACGAAGAUUAGAGAUGUGGCGGAUGAGGAAAAGAAACAUUUAUAA